CCUGCACUCUUUGUGAAUGAGGGCCGGGAACACGGCCCUUCCCCCGCCCAGGAGCCACGCCAGACCGCCGCACUCAGAGGACUGUUUGUUAAUAGUCCAAUUAGAUAAUUGCCAUCUUUCACUCCUUUUGCUCCGCAUUUCCCAUAAAGGAAUGAAUGGGGAGAGCGGCGUGGAGAGGGCUUCUGCCCCGGCAAGGUGACGAGAAGGGCUGGAGCAAGCUCCUUGCACAAGGCCAUGCGCUUGAAUUGAAUCAUUGUGGCCUAAUCAAUGCUGUUAUUGGAUUACUGGCUGUUGCUUUUCUCAAAGACAUUGUAGCAAGACAAUGAAAUAGCUAGGGGGAAACUUUUUUUUUGAAGCAGAUCUCACAGUUGAGAUUUUUACUCUCUCUCUCUCUCUCUCUCUCUCUCUCUCUCUCUCUCUCUCUCUCUCUCUCUCUCUCUCCCUCCACUCCCCCCCUCCUGCUGGACUCUGAGUACAAAGCUGCCCUUUGAAUGGGCUGCCUCAGGGCUGCUGGAGGUGCAGGCAUGAAAAAAAAUCCAACGGAGGCUACAGGAAGAGGGUCGGCAGUUUAAGAUGGCUGCUGUCAGCGUCGAGGUGUGUUAAAGAGUCGCUUGGGGAGAAGCUUGGCUUUUUUGGAGUGUGUGGGGGGGAGACUUUAGGGAGAAACUUUUCUCCUCCUCCCUUCUCUCCCCACCCAGAGGCAACUGCUUUCUUCAGCUACAUGGACUGAGGGGGUACCCCCCCCCCCAUUCAGCUCUAUCUGGAGGAAACCCCUUUUAGCCAGUAUGUGAGCAGGAAGGUCAAAGGCAAAGAGAAAGUUAAUAAUGCCUGCUAAUGGUGCUAACAAUUCAGGAUGAAUCUUGUCAAAAGUUUUUCUGGAAGUGUGGGUCUUUGAUUGUGUUUCCCGAAAGCAAGACCAAUCAUUUCCGUUUAUUCACUGGCUAAACCCCUACUUGAUUGGGGACAAGGACAGAAACCAUCCAUUACGAUCUGAUAUAUUAUCCAAACAAUUUAGUGUAUUCAUGAGGUAACUGAAACGUGGGGGCUGCGAAAUUACCCGUAAUCAAUUGCAACAGCGAGUGUGCGUCCCCCCCGGGUGUCGGACAACCACAACUCGGCCGCCUCAGUAACAGGCGGAGCCGCAGCGUUUCGGACGGAGUUGCGCGCUGUUCGCUACCUGAUCGCCAGGCUGGGGACACUGGACGUGCUCUGAGGACGCGGGCGCUGACGAGGCGGCCUCGCCACUGCUCCACCGGGAUCCUGGACCAGACCCGCCGCCUCUCUUCUAGCGCGCCACUCUCCGGUCGCCGCUGACCCUCCGCGGCUGCCGAAGCCACCCCGCGGGGACAUUCAUUCUCUCGGGCGAAGGAGCUUAGGGGCUGCGUUGUAGGGGUUUUGUCCCCGUCUGCCUCUUUUUUCCUACCCCCUCCCCCUUUUCUUCUUUUCUGUGUUGUUUUGCCUAUGUUCGGGAAACCAGACAAAAUGGACGUCCGGUGCCACUCGGACACCGAGGCCGCCAGGGUCUCGAAGAACGCGCACAAGGAGAGCAGGGAGAUCAAGGGCGCCGAGGGGAGCCUUCCGGCCGCCUUCCUCAAGGAGCCGCAGGGCGCCUUUUCGGCGUCUGGCGCUUCGGAAGAUUGUAACAAAAGUAAAUCCAAUUCCUCUGCAGACCCGGAUUACUGUCGCCGGAUCCUAGUCCGAGAUGCCAAGGGGUCUAUCCGAGAAAUCAUCCUGCCCAAGGGCUUGGACCUGGACCGGCCCAAGAGGACACGCACGUCCUUCACGGCGGAGCAGCUCUACAGACUGGAGAUGGAGUUCCAGCGUUGCCAAUAUGUGGUGGGCCGGGAGAGAACCGAGCUGGCUCGGCAGCUCAAUCUUUCUGAGACCCAGGUGAAGGUCUGGUUCCAGAAUCGGCGAACCAAGCAGAAGAAGGACCAGGGCAAGGACUCCGAGCUGCGCUCGGUGGUGUCGGAGACCGCCGCCACGUGCAGCGUGCUGAGGCUGUUGGAGCAGGGCCGCCUGCUGUCGCCGCCCGGUCUGCCUGCCCUGCUGCCGCCCUGUGCCACCGGCGCUCUUGGCUCGGCGUUGCGCGGGCCCAGCCUCCCGGCCCUGAGUGCUGGCGCUGCCGCGGGCUCGGCCGCAGCGGCCGCCGCCGCCGCCACUGCCCCGGGUCCCGCCGGCGCUGCGUCUCAGCACCCGCCGGCUGUGGGCGGCACUCCCGGCCCAGGGCCUGCAGGGCCCGGGGGACUGCACGCGGGAGCACCAGCUGCCAGCCACGGUCUCUUCAGUCUGCCGGUGCCGUCGCUCCUGGGCUCUGUUGCCAGCCGCCUGUCCUCCGCCCCGUUGACGAUGGCUGGUUCGCUAGCCGGGAAUUUGCAAGAACUUUCAGCCCGGUACCUGAGCUCCUCCGCCUUCGAGCCUUACUCCCGGACCAACAAUAAAGAAGGGGGCGAGAAAAAAGCGCUGGACUGAUUUUAAGUGUUAUCCUGUAUUUAUAUUUAUAACAUCUAUUGUGGUGGUAUUUAUGGACUCGCGCGCUUUAGGCGCCCAGUGCUCCUGCGCUGGCCUUGCUGGCCCCCACUAGGCCUCUGACUGCUCUUCCCGCCCCCCUCCCCCGCGGGCUACUGAUUUUAUCUCACUUGAGCUGUUUUUUGUUCUUCUCUCUGCUUUUCCUCCCUCCCUCCAACCCCAGCUUCCUUCUGAAUCCAGGAAUGAUCCAAAGAAUUGGGGAGGAAUACCCGAAUUAGCCAACCUGGUUCCCCAAUCCCUGACAGCCAGGGAACAGACUGAGCCCAAGUCCAGGCCCCGGACACCUGCUCUGGAUAGGGGCACUGUGCGCUGCUCCUGUGGAUUUUUGGAAGAGGAAAUACGUUCACAGGCCUCCAGGGACUGAAAAGGCUUUUUGGUUUCUUUAGACCCCCCAAAAAGGGCCUACCCCCUCUUGUCAGAGAAACCAGAGCUUUGGGAGUUCCUGGCCCCGAUUUUUAGACCUCUCAGGAUAAUUGGUGCACACUCAGCUCCUGUCCGAAGAGCUGAUGAGUUUUAUUCCCUUUAGGGAAACUAAUUGCAGGCUCCUCGACCCCGAGAAACGAUAAAUCAAACGUCUUGUUAGGCAAAGGUGGUGAUAAAUUUGAUCUAACAGCAAUAAAGCAAGAGUAAUUGUUACACAAAACCAGAUGAAGUGUUACCUGGUUUUAAACAGUCAUAAAUAAUUGAGUUUUCAAAGUAUAAGAAAUUCGGGCUAGAGAAUGCACCACGGGGCCGUGCAAAAUUAAAAUCCUGAGUGCUGUGACUUUAGAUAGGAACUUAAAGAGGAAAAGCCAAUGAUGCCAAGGAGAGAAGAUUCAGAAUCUUCUUUUCUAGGGGCUGUUCAGGGCCGUGGCCCACAGCUUCCUUCUCCUCCCAUGAGAGCGCAGUGGUUGGUGGCAGUCUCCCAAACACGAAGCUACCACCGAAUGGCUGGGGUUGGAAGAAAAUCAACACCCGCUGCUUCGUCUUCUGAACUCUGUGUCUACAAAGGCUUUUCAGGACGAAGGAAGCGCCCGAAUUUCCGAGCACUUGCUUUCGGAAGACAGGCUGGGUGCCCAUCGGUAUGGCCUUCAACGCUCCUAGCUCAUCGGUGCCAGUGGUUCUUUGGGUGGCAGAUAGGACUUUCACCUCUUCCACCUCAACCGCAGGGUGUCAGCCAUCCGGAGUUGGAACCUUUACCACCACCUGGGUGCAGCCUCAGCCCUCGCAGCAACCGCAAACCCCAGAGCCACCCCACUGCAUUGUAACCAAAACCACAGGCCCAGAGCACGAGGUGCCUCGGUGUCUAGAAUGUACUCACCCAUCUGAAACAAGCGCAAAACAUUAAAAAAAAAAAGAAUAGUAACUUUAUUGUAAAUUAUUUACAUACGAAGUUUUUUUUCCUUUUCUGUUUUCCGUUUCUUUUCUUGUUUCAUUUUUUCUUUUUGCUCCUCUCUCUCUCUCUUAGGUAAAUAGUGAAGAAAAUAACGAACGAUUCAAACGCGGGUAGGUGUCACUGAAUCCUGGCUACUAACUGUGUUAUGGAUGUCUUGGCUCUUUGGAUGUUUUUGUAUUUAUGUGGUGAGAGUGAAAAAUAUAUAUCUAUGAUGAUAAA